AUGGAUUCAUCCGGCACAGGAGGGUCGGACACCACUGACCCUAUACACAUUGUAUCAGACGACCGGGAGUCAUCAGAGCGAGAGGUGUACACUUCGGACAACACCAGUACAGACGACGACGAUUUCCAGCCGUUUGCACUACCCGAUGCCGUGAUUGAGCUCGCUGAUGGCCCCAUCGCUGGGGAUUUGCCGCUUGUGGAGAUCCCUGCUCCCAUACCCCUUGCCAUGUACCCUGUUAUUGAUAUGCCUCUAGACGCAGUCGUUGACGACGACGUCAAUUUGUUUGACGAGGAGCCACUGGAGGAUGACGUUGAGGGCGAGGCCCUUAUAACUGCCGACGAUCUCUUGCUUCUCGCAGAUGCUCCUGCUGAGGGGUCACCUGCCCCUUCACCUGUCCCAGACUCUUUCGAGUCUGUGGCAUCGGCACCAUCACACGCGCAGGGCGCGCAACACUACUCACAUGAUUCAGACCCCGAUAGGGCAUCAUCUGCUGCACCUGCCCCUGCCCCGAGUUUCGCUAUUGAUCAUGACAUUGAUGAGGAUUCUGACCCCGUCUUCCCACCUGGGUUCGAUCCAGAUCAGGAUAUUGAGUUUAUACACCUAGAUCAGCCCAUGGAGGACCCAGUUGAUCCUGUUGACCCUGCGUUUGCUGAUCCUGCAGAUUUCGAGAUGGAGUUUGACGACCCGGAGCCUGCUGUGGCCCCCGAGCCGGUAGUUGCUCUAGACCUAGCACUCGAGCAUGACCCUAUUCAUGCUGAUGCACCCGUUGUUGAUCCUUUGAUUGCUGAUCUACCUGUCGAUGAUCACCCUAUUGAUGCUCCACUGUUGGAGGGUGAUCAUGUUGUUGCUGAUGUUCAUGUUGAUGUUCCAUUGUUAGAGGGUCCUGUUGCUGCUCCACUGUUGGAGGAUGAGCAUGCUGUUGAUGCUCAGGUUGAUGCCCCUCACAUUGCUGAGAUACCCGCUGAUCCUGUUGUUGUUGCUCCUUUUCCUGACCCUGUACCUCUAGAGCCCGACCAUGCACUCUUUGCGACUCAUGUCGACCCCCUUUAUGCGCACACCCGGAAUGGGUGGAUAGAGGACGAUGAUGAUUUUCCGCCUUUUGUAGUACCAGUGACACCAGUUUUAGCACCAGCUUCAGCUCCUUUUGAUGCACCCUUGUUCCCCACCCACACUGCUGAUGCCCACCACACAGACCUACCUAUUACUUUUCUACAGGAGAUCCCUCCGCCGCGUCCUGGAGAGGGCUCAUCUCAUCAUCCUUUUGGCCAUGCACCUUUUCUGACGGGAGGAGAUCAGUUUGCACCACAGAUCCCUCACCAUACUGCUGUUCCCCCUGUUCCGCCGUUUACUGUGCCACCUUUUACUCCAGCUAGUGAGCCUUUUCUUUGGACAUCACCACCCAUCAUGCCACCAUCCGAUCCCUAUCAUCCGUUUCACAUGGGUUAUUCUGUUGAGGACAUUAUUAGGUUAUUCAUGGUCUAG